AGGACCCUUUACAGUAUUUUUGGAGAAGUUAGUAAGACCGAAUCUGACAUCACCGCUAGCCCUUCAUGUAGCUAGUGAGUGGUCUGUUCUCAGGGUAACAGAGGAGGAAAUUGCUCCCCGACUGAUUAGACAACAGUGAAGAAAGGACGCAUGCUAUUUCCCAGGGAUUCGACUGAUUCCCAGAUAUGACCAUGUAUUUGUGGCUUAAACUUUUGGCAUUCGGCUUUGUCUUUCUGGACCCAGAAGUGUUCGUUACGGGGCAAAUAUCAGGAGUUACUACACCUGCUCCUGCAGGACCGAACACAGUGGAAUCCAAUACUUCGUCUCCAGGUGCCCCCUUACCUACUCGCACCACUGCAUUCUCACCCACAAGCAUCUCUGAAAGAGGAAAUGACUCCUCAGAGACGUUGGAUCCUCUUAGGCCAGGCCGCCCUACAACCCAAGUACCCCUGGAUUCUCCGGAUAAUGCUAGUGCUGUCGCUACGACAGGUGUUCCAUCAACCCAGACGCCUCACCUUCCCACGCACGCAGGCUCGCAGGCGCCCUCUCCUGGACCUGACACUCAGACACUGGGCAGCGAGGCUGUCCUUACCGCACUCACGCCUGCUCCAGGCAGGAAUGACACUCCAGGUGUUCCAGAAGAGAGGAGCCCCACCAGCACAUUUUCUGCAGACACGGCUUUGCCAUCAGUAGCCACCGCCAUCCCUGCACGCAACAGCUCUGCUGCCUUACCUGCACGCACCGCUAACAUCACCACCACAGACAACACCUCAGAUGUGUACCUUUCCUCCACUGCACCAUCCAUUCCGAGCUCUACAUCCACUGUCAUUCCAACCACAACAAUAGUUAUGACUACACCUAAACCAUCCUGUGGUGAAAAAUUUGCAGCAAUCUCUGUGGGCUAUGAAUAUGACUAUAUAAACCAUACUUACAGUGCCACGCUCAAUGCUACUGAAACAGUGGAAUGUCAGCCUGAGUGUAUCAACAAUACCGUGCAUGGCCUAAAGGAGUGUGAAAAUAUCGACAUUUCCAUAUCUCAUACUUCAUGUGCUUUUCCAAAUAAAAUAGUAUCAUUGAAUGUGCCACCAGAUCCUACAGCCUUUGAGCUGAGAAACUGUACAAUGGAUGAAACAGCAGAUACUACUAUUUGUUUAGAAUGGAUAAACAACUCUGCUUGUGAAACAGAAGCAUUUGUAUACUUGUUUAAAUGCAAUACUUCAUCUAAUGCAACAGUUUAUAAACAAACAGCUGUAUUAGAAAACCUUAACCCCAAAACUAAAUAUAAAUGUGAUUCACAAGUAUUCUAUAAUAACCAAAUGUGGAAAAAUGAAAGUAAAGUUAUUGAAACAGAUUAUGGGGCUCCUGAUGAACCUAAGAAUUUUACCUGUGAUUUUGAUUCCACAAAUGUGAACAUUACCUGGCAGGCCCCCGGAAAUGCAUUUCAUAAUUUUUCUUUUUGUAACAAGAUGAAACAAGAUGUCUGCCACGAUCUACAUGCAAACGAUACUAGCUAUGUUUUGGGAAAUUUGGAACCUUAUACAGAUUUCUCGAUAACAUUACGUGCCUGCAUCAGUGGAAGAAAGAUACGCUGUGGACAUGAAGUGGUUUGUAUGAACAAGACAAAACCAGGGAAGCCAAGCCAGGUCCAGGAUAUGACUGUCUUCCUGAAGUCAGACAACAGUGUACUUGUCACCUGUAAACCCCCUGAGAAACGGAACGGUCCUGGUGAAAACUACCAUUUGGUAGUCCCAGGAGUUCUACUUCAGCCAAAACCUGUAUGUCAUUUCUUUCUAGAAAAUCUUCACUAUUCAACAGACUAUAAGUUUCAGAUCUUUUUUCAUAAUGGGCACUAUGAAGGAGAUCCAGUUACUAAGUAUCAUUCAACAUCUUACAAUUCCAGAGCAUUGAUUAUAUUUCUGGCAUUUCUGAUUAUUGUGACAUCAAUAGCCCUGCUGGUUGUGCUCUAUAAAAUCUAUGAUCUGCAUAAGAAAAGAUCCUGCAAUUUAGAUGAACAAACAGAACUUGUUGAAAGAGAUGAUGAGAAACAGCUGAUGAAUGUGGAGCCAAUCCAUGCGGAUGUUUUGUUGGAAACUUAUAAGAGAAAGAUCGCAGAUGAGGGCCGACUGUUUCUGGCUGAAUUUCAGAGCAUUCCACGGGUGUUCAGCAAGUUUUCUAUCAAGGAUGCUCGAAAAUCUUUUAAUCAGAAUAAAAACCGUUAUGUUGACAUUCUUCCUUAUGACUAUAACCGUGUUGAGCUCUCUGAGAUAAAUGGAGAUGCAGGCUCAAACUACAUAAAUGCCAGCUACAUUGAUGGUUACAAAGAACCUAGGAAAUACAUUGCUGCUCAAGGUCCCAGGGAUGAAACGGUUGAUGAUUUCUGGAGGAUGAUCUGGGAACAGAAGGCUACAGUUAUUGUCAUGGUCACUCGAUGUGAAGAAGGAAACAGGAACAAGUGUGCAGAAUACUGGCCAUCUAUGGAAGAGGGCACUCGCGCUUUUGGAGAUGUUAUUGUGAAGGUCAAUGAGUACAAGAGGUGUCCAGACUACAUCAUUCAGAAACUGAGCGUCACAAAUAAAAAAGAAAAAGCCACCGGAAGGGAAGUGACUCACAUUCAGUUUACCAGUUGGCCGGACCACGGAGUGCCUGAAGAUCCUCACUUGCUCCUCAAGCUGCGAAGGAGAGUGAAUGCUUUCAGCAACUUCUUCAGUGGUCCCAUCAUCGUGCACUGCAGUGCUGGUGUUGGGCGCACGGGUACCUACAUUGGAAUUGACGCCAUGCUGGAGGGCCUGGAGGCAGAGAACAGGGUGGAUGUUUACGGUUAUGUUGUCAAGCUAAGGCGACAGAGAUGCCUGAUGGUUCAAGUGGAGGCCCAGUACAUCCUGAUUCAUCAGGCUUUAGUGGAAUACAAUCAGUUUGGAGAAACAGAAGUCAGCUUGUCUGAAUUACACUCAUGCCUACAUAACAUAAAGAAGAGAGACCCACCCAGUGAGCCAUCUCCACUGGAGGCUGAAUUCCAGAGACUUCCUUCAUAUAGGAACUGGAGAACACAGCACAUUGGAAAUCAAGAAGAAAAUAAAAGUAAAAACAGGAAUUCUAACAUCAUUCCAUAUGACUUUAACAGAGUGCCACUUAAAUAUGAACUGGAAGUGAGCAAAGAAAGUGAACAUGAUUCAGAUGAGUCAUCUGAUGAGGAAAGCGACUCAGAAGAAGCCAGCAAAUACAUCAAUGCAUCUUUUAUCAUGAGUUACUGGAAACCUGAGGUGAUGAUUGCUGCUCAGGGGCCACUAAACGAGACCAUUGGUGACUUCUGGCAGAUGAUAUUCCAAAGAAAAGUCAAAGUCAUUGUCAUGUUGACUGAGCUGAAGCAUGGAGACCAGGAAGUCUGUGCUCAAUAUUGGGGAGAAGGAAGACAGACAUAUGGAGAUAUAGAAGUCGAUACAAAAGAGACAACCAAAUCUUCAGCUUAUACCCUCCGCGUAUUCGAACUGAGACAUUCUAAGAGGAAAGAGCCUCGAACGGUGUACCAGUACCAGUACACUAACUGGAAUGUGGAGCAGCUUCCUGCUGCCAAGGAACUGAGCUCUCUGAUUCAGGCCCUCAAACAAAAACUUCCCAAGAAAAAUCCCACUGAAGGAAAUAAGUAUCACAAGAGCGUGCCUCUCCUUAUUCAUUGCAGAGAUGGAUCUCACCAAACAGGAAUAUUUUGUGCUUUGUUAAAUCUCUUGGAAUGUGCAGAAACUGAAGAGGUGGUAGAUGUUUUCCAAGUAGUAAAAUCUCUACGCAAAUCUAGACCAGGAAUGAUCCCCACGUUCGAGCAAUAUGAAUUCCUCUAUGAUGUCAUCGCCAGCACCUACCCCGCUCAGAAUGGACAAGUGAAGAAAAACAACCAAGAAGACAAAAUUGAAUUUGAUAACGAAGUGAACAGAACAAAGCAGGAUGAUAAUUGUGUUAGUCCACCUGGUGCUCCAGAGAAGACCCAUGAAGGAAACCAAGAGGCUGGAGGUUCUGAACCCACGAGUGGCACCGAGGGGCCAGAACAUUCUGCCAACGGUCCUGCAAGUCCAGCUUUAAUUUAAAGUGUGUAGGAAGAGACAUAGGUGGGCAACUCAAGACCUCCUGUGUCUGGUUAUUUCUAUUUUUCUAGAAGUAGGAGUGGAACAGAAGUACACAGUCCAUUCAUAAAGUACAUUGGACCAAUGUUUGCGGAGAACUUUUAUUUUACUACUGCGGAGACAUAUUUAAGAUAGUUUUGCUAAAGUGUUUUGUACAGUCUUUGUGCUUAUGUUAAAAUUUUACCUAUAAUUUAGCAAAAGCCACCACUUCUUUUUAGUGUGUGUGUGUGUGUGUGUGUGUGUGAGAGAGAGAGAGAGAGAGAGAGACAGGGAGAGAGAAAGAAUACUUUGCAGUGAACCCAAAUGCUUUAAGAAACUUUGCUUUUUGUUUUUAUAAAGAAAAAAAAAAACACAUUUUCUAUUGGAAGUAUUAACUUAGCUUGAAGGUUCUGUUUUUUAAAAUCAUGAAUUAAGUGUGGACUCUGUGUAAGAAAAGCAGCAUGUAUAUUUCCACAAUGACCUCCAGAUGUCCUCAUUGUUCUACUCUUACCUAUCUUAUAGUUUACAUUUUGCAUCUAGAGAUAGUAAAUAAAAGUAGUGUGUGUAUAGCUCCUACAAGAAAUAUAACUAAGUUAACAUUUGUAAAACUCAGACUCCAUACAUUAGCAUUUAGUACAUCUUUUUAAGCAUAUUUAAUCUAAUUUAAAAUUUUCAUGUAGGCCAAUGUUGCUGUCUUCACAGAGGAUUUAUAUCUUUACCACAUGGAUUACAUUCUAUGCAGUAUGUGAAAUUCAUUGCUUAAUACUUUUGACCAAAAAUUAUAUUUGUUACAACCAAACAUAAAUAAACAUUUUAAAAAUAAAUAAAUGCAAAUUAUACUAAAUCUGUGGAAGAAAAAUAGAACCGUGUAAAUGUAUUUGUGCUAAAUAUUUACAUAAGAAACCUAAUAUAGCUAGUUUUAUAGAAUUACACCUUGGUAUGUGAAAUAUGAUAUUGAAUCUGAGUAUUUUCCAUGUUAGAGUCCAUCCUUGACUUUCAUAAAAGCACAUUUAUGCUGAUUUUCUUGAGUGCUUAGACUCAAGAAAUCAGGAAUUGUUAUCAUUACUAUUCAAUUCAAUAAUUAAAUGUUCUCAUUUAUAUUAGGUA